AUGGCGGAGCCAGGCAUGGGAGCGCAAGGUCCAGGGCCCCCAUCUGCAGUGGCUCAGAAUCCGCUGCCACAAGAAGGGAGGAUGGAAGACAUCGAUGCGCAGCAGCCACAGCGCGCACCGGAGACCCGAGUUGAGGAGAACAAAGAGCAACCACAGGGGCGCGCUUUAACGGACACAACUGUAACGGACGAAGAAACGGCUCCCGAGACACACUCAGUGACUCAGGCCGCCAUGAGCACAUGGAGCACCAAAGUGCAGGCACAUUUGCCAAGCCAGUCGAGAGUCAGUGAAGCAGCAGCACGGCGAUCGCAUAUGCUUGCUGGGGUAUGGAAUCCAGUUCACAUCAAGCAACUUCUGCACACCUUGAUGACGGAUUGGGAGGUGGACACAACAACAUGGAAAGCGGAAAAAGCAGCGAUGCGCAGUGAAGCACUGGCCCCAGCAAACGUUAGUUGUGACGAAUCUAUCCGCGCCUGGACGGCACGAGAAGAUGACAGAUUUUUCACGUAG